CUUUCAACUCCCUCAGUGCGAGGAUGUAGAAAAGACGAAAUAAGUUUAAUGAAUAAUUUAUCCCUUUUCCAGCAAAAUGGUGACCCUCUCUACACCCUGUUUGGUUUCCUUCCACGUAGUACUUGUUUGCCUAUGUUUUCUAACCGGCGCCGAGCGAUGGUGUGCCGAUAAUCCCAAGGAUACCGUUUUCCGCCGGCUUGGUACCAAAACUCCAUAUCGGCAUGUACAGAACAAGGAUGUACGCAACAUUGCUACCGUCGAUGACUGUACAGUGGACAAAAUUUGGGGAUUGUUUCGCCAUGGCACAAGAAAUCCAUCGAAAAGCAUCAUCGAUCAUAUGCAUGGGACGCUCGUUGAACUUCAGCGUGACAUUCUCGAGCAUGGUCGGUUGUGCAAGGAGCAGCUGACCAAAUUUGAAUCCUGGAAGCCGCAAGUAACGCCCGAUGAGGCGAAACUUCUUGUGCGCGAGGGAGGCCAAGAGUUAUUCCAUCUAGGCGAGCGAUUUCGGAAGCGUUUUGGUAGCCACCUCCCCGGACGUUACGACAGCAGCCAGUUUUAUUUUAAAUUUACCAAAACCGAACGUGCGGAGUAUAGCGCACGCAAUUUUACCCGUGGACUUUUCGGACAAGACGAAUCGAUCGAAUACCCCGAAGCACUACGGCGCGAUCCGGUGCUGCGCUUUUAUAAGGGAUGCGAGAAGUGGAGGAAACAAGUGAAGGAAAAUCCAUAUUCCUACCGGGAGAAGGAUCGUUUUGGAAGCUCCAAAGAGAUGAGGAUUGUUAUCGAAAAGUUAUCCAAGCGCAUCGGCACGUUUGUUAGUCCCGAGGAUGUACACGCAAUAUACCAAACCUGCGCGUUCGAAACUGCAUGGAACGAACGAGACAUAUCGCCUUGGUGCACGCUGUUUGACAAGGAAAGCAUUUCCGCUUUGGAAUACAACGAGGAUCUGAAAUACUACUGGAUCGACGGUUAUGGUUACGAGUUAACAUACAAGCAAGCAUGUUCAGCAUUUAGCGAUUUGUUUGCCAACUUCGACGCCAGCGAGGAAAGGCCACGUUUUACAUUUUAUUUCACCCAUUCGGGAACGUUGCUAAAGUCGAUUGCUUUCUUGAACUUGUAUAAAGACAACGAGCCACUAACGGCUCAAAGUUAUCGCUACAAGCGGAAAUGGCGCGUUAGUCACAUCGAUGCAUUUGGAUCGAACUUAUACUUUGUCCUAUACAGCUGUUCAAACGGGACCCAAUCCGUAGGUCUUUAUCAUCAAGAACGACUUACUUAUAUACCAGGUUGCCCGGAGAAUGCUCUGCUUUGCGAUUAUAAACGCUUUAAGCAACUUUACGUUGAUCGUAUUGAACAGUGUGAUUUGAAUACUAUGUGUUCCGAGCCGCAUGUGCCUACCUUUAGAAAAGACGAGCUGUAAUCUAUGUUUUUGCAGAAUUAUAUUUAAUUUAUUUUACUAUGUGUGUUGACAUGCAUGCAACAAUGCAGAUGUUUAUUGUGGUGUUUAGCAAGCUAAGAUGAAGCUAUAACAAUGCACGCGCAUAUACAUAAAUAAACAAAUGUUUUUGAAUCGCAUUGAUAAGAUUAUUCGUUCCACACAGUUCUUUAUCUGAUUGUAAGACACUUUCUCGAUGGUUGGUUGUUAUCG